AUGCAUGACAGGAAAAACAAAAAAGAAAACAAGACAGGAAAAAAUGGGGAGUCCUUUGGGCUACCUAAAUAAAAGCUAGCCUUGUAGUUUAUCUGCAUUUCUUAUCCUCUUUUUUCUGUCAGAGGCCGACUAGAGAAGUUGACAGAAUAGGCUACAAUAGAAUGCUGCAAUGUUUUCUUUUAUUUAUUUGACAUGACAUCCGUGUUCCUUCUCCAACAGGACUUUGCACCCACCCAGAAACUUUGGCGAAUGAAUGACACCUGUGGGCUAAAUCAAGACAAGUCAAAUUAAUAAGAUCAAUGUCUAUCAUACUGUAAGGGCUGACAUUUCCGAGUGAUGGAAGAGAAAGAGCCCCUCAUUGCACCUGAGGAUAUUGACCCCAGCGAGGCAGUCGCCACAGUUGGAGACGCGACGCACCUAACCACCAAGACCGACAGCGCCUACGCGCCGGUUUGCAGCUUGUUGGACUACUCCGCUGUUGCUGGUCGUCUAUCUGCUUGUUGUCAUGGAGGAGCCAAGAUGGCGGUCCUGGCCUACAGCCUGGGCAAACGAGAAAUAAAUCAGCAUUUUAGCAUUAAAAAUGCAAAGCUACUAUCGUUUACCGCCGUUCUUCUUCUUAUCGCAUUUCACUCUGCAUCAAGGUACUAUGGAGGCGGAGACACAUGCGAGUGGUUGCUGUCCAGUGGACGGUACUUGGGGGAGAAUGUAUGGCAGCCCUACGGCUGUAUGAUGCACAAGUACAAAAGCACUGAAGCCAAGUCUUGUCUGAGUCGUAGGAAAGUGGCGUUCAUUGGUGACUCCAGAAUCCGGCAGCUUUUUUAUUCCUAUGUCAAAAUCAUUGACCCUGAUACCAGAGAAGAAGGAAACAAGCAUGAAAACAUCCCUUUUGAAGACUGGGACUCCUCACUCAAAGUGGAUUUCUAUUGGUAUGCAGAGGUGAACAACUCCCUGAAGGAGCAUCUAAGGUCAUGGACCGAGAACGUGUCUGCGAAGCCAGACGUUAUCAUAAUUGGAGCUGCAACAUGGUCCAUAAAGCUGCACAGUGGGAGCAGCGAGACAGUGCUCCAGUACAAGGCCAACAUCACGGCCAUGGCCCCCCUGCUGGAGACCCUGGCGGAGGACAGCGAGGUCUACUGGGUCUUACAAGAUCCCGUGUCUGAAGAUCUGCUGAGCGAGAGCCGCAAGAUGAUCACCAACCAGCAGAUUGACAUGUACAACGGGGCGGCUGUCAGCGUGCUGAAGCGGCUCUCCGACUCCCGGGUCCGCUUCCUGCAGGCCUCCAGAGAGGCCGCCCUGGAGACCAUCUCCCAGUCCGCAGACGGCCUGCACUUGCCCGAGAGCACGCGCGAUGUGGGCGCCAUGAUCGUCAUGAACGCCGUGUGCAACAAGGUCCUGCAGCCCAUCGACGGCUCGUGUUGCCAGGCGCUGCCGGCGCCCAGCGCUCUCCAGAUCCUGACGGCGGGGGGCUUCCUGCUGUGCGGCGUCUGCUUCCUGGCGCUGCACGUGCUGGGCUACCGGCAGCAGCAGCAGCGUGGUCACAUGGGCAUGGGGGGCGGUAGCAAGGCGGCACGGCCCCCGCAUCCCCCGCCGGCCGCCCUGGAGCGCGACGUGGAGAGCGGCGAGAGGGACGAGAAGAAAAAGCAGCCGCCCAGCGCGGCCAUGGCCAUGGCGGCCCUCAGCUCGCGCGGCCCCCUGCUGGCCGUCUGCAAGAUGGGCGUCAUCAUGGCCUACUUCUACCUGUGCGACCGCGGCAACGUCUUCAUGAAGGAGCAGAAGUUCUACACGCACUCCACCUUCUUCAUCCCGCUCAUCUACAUCCUGGUGCUUGGCGUCUUCUACAACGAGAACAGCAAGGAGACGAAGUUGCUGAACAGGGAGCAGACGGAUGAGUGGAAGGGCUGGAUGCAGCUGGUCAUCCUCAUCUACCACAUCUCUGGAGCCAGCGCAUUCCUCCCGGUGUACAUGCACGUGCGGGUGCUGGUGGCAGCCUACCUCUUCCAGACCGGAUACGGACACUUCUCCUUCUUCUGGCUCAAGGGAGACUUUGGCCUGUACCGCGUCUGCCAGGUGCUGUUCCGGCUGAACUUCCUGGUGGUUGUGCUGUGCCUGGUGAUGGACCGGCCGUACCAGUUCUACUACUUCGUGCCGCUGGUCACCUUCUGGUUCGCCGUCAUCUACGGCACAAUGGCCCUCUGGCCACAGAUACAGCAGAAACAGGCCAAUGCUAACGCCGUAUGGAAUGUGGGAAUCCUGAUGAAGCUCCUCUGCCUGCUCAUCUUCAUCUGCUUCUUUGCAUACUCACAGGGGCUUUUUGAGAACGUGUUCUCCGUCUGGCCCAUCUCCAAACUCUUUGAGCUCCAAGGCAGCAUCCAUGAAUGGUGGUUCCGUUGGAAGCUGGAUAGAUUUGCGGUGAUCUAUGGCAUGGUGUUUGCGUUUGCCUACCUGGCGCUGCAGAAGUGUCAGCUGCUGUCGGAGAGCAAAGGGGAGCCGCUCUUCUCCACGCGCGUCUCCAACUGCCUGCUCUUCGUCUCCGUUGUCUCCUUCAUGACCUACUCGAUAUGGGCCAGUAGCUGCAAGAACAAGACUGAGUGCAACGAGAUGCACCCCUACAUCUCUGUGGUGCAGAUUCUGGCCUUCGUGCUGAUCCGGAACAUUCCUGGCUACGCCCGCUCCCUCUACAGCUCCUUCUUCGCCUGGUUUGGGAGGAUCUCCUUAGAGCUCUUCAUCUGCCAGUACCACAUCUGGUUGGCGGCGGACACCAAGGGCAUCCUGGUGCUGGUGCCUGGCAACCCCUCGCUCAACAUCAUCGUCAGCACCUUCAUCUUCGUCUGCGUGGCGCACGAGAUCUCGCAGAUCACCAACGACCUGGCGCAGGUGGCUAUCCCCAAGGAGAACGGGCCACUGCUCCGGCGCCUGCUGAUGCUGGCUGCCUUCCUGGCCCUCGUGCUGCUGCUCUCCCGACACCAGUGAAGGAUGGACGGACGGACGGAGCGAGGAGGAGGGAAGACCGGAGGAAGGGAUGGAAGGAAGGAAGGAUGGACAGGAGGCUGGAUAGAAGGAUGCUGGUUGGAGCGUGGAGGGAAGUGGAUGGGGGUGUGAUCUGACCAUUGUGUUGCUGCUCUCCCGAUGUACAAACGGAGCAAAUAAGUGGGAAGGAAGGAAGGACAUGAGGGAUGGAAGGAAGGGGUGGAAUGAUGAAAGGAUUCAGAUGGGUGACGUGACGUGACGUGACGUGACAAAAGACAACUGGUUGUUUGAACCUGGCGCUGAGAAUCGCUGGGCUUUGGAGAGAGAUUUGUCAAGGUCAUGUCGGGAAGGAAAGCUAGUUUGUUGGACACUGUGGAUCACCAAGCUGUGGAGAAAGACGGAAUACAAGCCCCAUCCAUACUUCCACCCACCCACGCACUCAUCCAUACUGUACAGACAGACUUGUUGGGUGGGUAGUAUUGGAGAGUGAGCGUUGUGGAAGGGCUUUUUAUACUGGGUGCCUUCCUUUUUAGCAGCUGUGCUGUGUUGCCGUUUUGGUCUGGAUGCUUUGGCUUGACUUGACUUGAAGCCAACCCUGUGUAUGACUGUCAAACUGUGUGAGGGAGGGAGGGAGGAAGGAAGGCAGCCAGGCCGCUACCUACUUGAACAAGGGAAGUGACACCACCACCACCAUCACCCCCACCCCACCUUGCUGCACAGCUGAGACUUGAACCUUGUAUAGUAGAUAGGGUGGUGGUGGUCAGACUUGACUGUCUGUGCAGUCUGAGUGAGUUAUGAACACAGACAUGGAUGAGGCUGUCUGAGGACACACCCAAGGUCACACCUCGCGAAGUAGUUUUCACCCAUCUAAUCCGUCAACUUGUUUACAGUCAGCAGAUCUGUCUACAUUUAAGGGUGCACGAAAUGCCCCAACUUUAGAAAUUCCAGCUUUUAUUUUGCAGUGUUGUUCGUUUGUACUAAAAUAGCUUCCUUGUAAAAGCUUAGCCAAUUUGAUUUGUGUUAAAGGGUAGCACAAUAGGCUUUUUGAGUGACAGUGAAUGGGUAUCUUGAGAGAAAUCAUAAAGUGUGUUUUUUUUGUAAGGUCAAAGCUAAUAAGAAAAAUAAUUUGGAUGAAUGCUCCAGUUGACUUUCCACUUCCCAUAUUUGAAACCCCAUGUUUUUUGCAACCUUCCUUUAGCAAGGUCUUACCCCCCAUGUGCUAAAUCUUUUAGUCAUGUUUGGGUGCUUGAUGUCCUGGGGAAGUGAAAAGCAAAUAUCAUCUAAGAGAGAAAGAUAUUUUAAAACCCACCCAUCCAAUGCAAAGGAGUGUGCUCAAAAUUCGGUCACCUAAGGGGGCGUUGUCCCUCAUUCUUCUUCUCUUUUCGUGGUGUUUGCACAAGACGUGCGCUACCGCCAUCUACAACGCUAAGGGGACUCCAUUUAUUCUCAACCUCAAGACUCUGAAGGUCUCCUAAUCGAAGGUCUCCUAAAGAGGCGUUCACCCGACGUAAAGUGGAUACCGGAAAAGAACCCGCCUGAUUUAUCUCUGUCAUAUACUAUUCUCUGUGAAAAGGCAACUAGAGCAAUCUGCCAAUUGACUUUGCUAACUAGUUUUCACUAAAACAUCCUCAAAACAUAUUUCACUCUGAUUUAGCUAAUACACCCAUUCACUGCCAUUCAAUUGUUCACCCCUUAACAUGGAUCAAAUUUGAAGGGAAGUUGUGGUAGUGCAAAGGAACAAUACUUGCAAGAGAAGAGUAGGAUUUUGCAGUUUUAAUUUUCAAAGGGCAUUUGUUGCACCCUAGUCUACCAAUCUUAACAAAAAAAAGAAAUAUAGUAUAUCUCAUCGAUAUGGGGCCAGGUUUGGACCACAGCAGAACCCAUAGUCAUCCACAUCUCCACCGUAGAACAACUAUAAAUACACCUUCUCAGACCAGAGUGGUUCCUUCUCCGUCCAAUUAAGAGACUCUACGGCUGUAAAGAAAGAAGGAAAAAAAAUCUGAAAAAAGUCUGAAUUUCUUUUUUUUUGCCUUUGCACUGACCGGUGCUGUGAUGCCAUAGCUCUGACACUGCUUUUUUUUUUUUUUAAUAAUGUUGUUUUUCUAUGUACAGUAUUUAAGGAUUUAAAUUAAGCGGAUAUUUUAUACAAGUGUAUAUUUGUGUUUGUAUUUUUGGCUUUUCAUUCUU